AUGUUCAAGUGGCUUACUAUGACUCCAACGAUAAACAGACUGUAUUCAAAGACAAAAACCGAGGAUGAUGAAGCUCAGGACGCAGCUUUUAUAUUUGAAGAUAUAUACCAGGGGAUGAAAGACAGAUCAGUUGAACUAAAUCACCACUUUAAUCUCACGGAAGGUGUUCAAGUUCAGCAAAGAUGGACUGGCUGUGAGAUGUUUGACAAUGGUGAACCGGCCGUGGCCAUAUUUAAGAACAUUUUCAAUGGCAUUUAUGAAGAUUAUGGGGUAUAUUACAACAUAACACAUUCAACAUAUAAUGCUGAUAAACUACUACCAGGAUGGGAUGGGAUGAUACACGCAUACAAAAGUACACUUUGGGAGAAUGUUUACUUUCCCAUUUGCAUCAAAUCACUUAAGAGAGUCCUGAAAAGAGACAAACACUUUGUGAUGCGUAAAGUGCCUCCCAGACUCAGGUUGAUAAAGAAAGAGGUUUCUGGAGGACUCCAGGUGAGCUGCCUGGCGUUUGGUUUCUACCCCCGCCACAUCAACCUGACCCUGCUGAGAGACGGCCAGCCAGUGGCAGAACAGGAGCUGGCAGGGGGGGAGGUUCUGCCUAGUGGAGAUGGGACCUACCAGCUGAGGAAGAGUCUGGAGGUCAGUACUGAGGAGCUAAAGAAGAGACACAACUACACCUGUACUGCCUCUCACCUCAGUCUGGACAACAAGCUGGAUGUCAGUUGGGAGUCUGGGGCAGAGAGAGUACACCUAUCCACCCUCUCAGCUCUACUGGUGAUGCUGCUGAUUGUUGUUCUAUUGGGCAUUUUCAUUUGUGUCAAAAGGAGGUGGAGAUGCACUGCCUCCAUGUCUAAACUUGCCAACUUUGAUCCAAACGUGCCAGAGGAAAUUAACAUUUCUUCAGAUUCUGAGACCUAAUAUGUUUUUGGGACACUGAUGCAGCUUUGUCAAUUCAGCUCAAUUCACAAUGAAAAUAUAACUGCCAGAGCACCUAUGAGGGCAGACACAAAAUGUGCAAAAUAUUCUGUUAUUGUUGGUCAAUCUUCCCUUCCCCUCAACAAAGGACUGUAAAGGAUCAGUUUGGGGAGAAUGUUGACAAUAACAUAUAUCUGCGCAUUAUUAGUACAUAUCUGAAUUCAUAUAUUUUAUAGACUGGUUUGGCAACCUGAGCAUUAAAAAAGGUCAUCUGGUAGUUAUUUCUGUAAUGUAAUUUCUAAUCAUGACUAUUCAUUCAUUGUACAAUGCACUCUAUAUAUGUGCUGUAUUAGCUGAUAGCCAGUAUCUUAACCAGUAGGAGAAUCAUGUGAUCAUGUGUAUGAGGUCUGUUUAUUAUUGAAAUAACUUUACGGUGUAUCUGUUUUGUAUUGUAUGUAAUGUAUGUUCAUCCUACCUGCACAAUAAUACCCUUUAUUACGGACAAUAAAAUGUAGCCUAUUCGAUCAAUGCAUUGAUUCAUUUUAAUUAGGACAUUCAUUAAAGCAAUGUCAAGUAUACCUUAAUUUCUCUCAGGAACUUGUUUAUCACUGUGGAAGGGAGAGAAAUCGGACACUCUAUUUCACUCCAGGUUAAGACUGGCAUGAGUAUUCAACUAAAAUGAAUGUUGUAUGCAUUAUAAACAAUUAAACAGUUUUAUCAUAGAAUGCCUUUAGUAGAGAAUGAAUCUGUUCGAUUGUAGUCAGUGCCAUGAAAGUCCUUUUCUAUUUUACAGUAGCACACCGCUUGUUCUAAAUAUAAUUUGUUUAGUGUUACUUUUCCCCAGUCAAAUAUUCAGGCCUACAUUUCCACUUCAAGGCUGGACCACAACAUAAAACAUAGCUUUUGAAUAUAAGAUCUAGUUGAAUUAACAGUUAUUUUGUAUUGAACACUGAACGGUAUAUCAAAAGGCUGCAAAGCCAAUGUCUCCAUUCCACAUUUAGAAAUAAGUAUCCUUCCAUGUUACCUGCUUCCUAAUGAAACCAGCUAGGUUCAAACCUAGGUCUCCUGCGCACCACGAUACUGUGUUAGCCCUCUGAGCUAAAUCCUAGAACCACUGGUGACAUUCCUAAACCUGCUGUCUUUCUGCUAUUUUACAUAUAAAACAAACAUCAAUAUCUUAUCUACAUUUCAUUACUGACAUAAAGGGCGUGUACAAAGGCGGUGCUCCAAAUGGCACCCUAUUCCCUCCAUAGUGCACUAUGGGCCCUGGUUAAAAGUAGUGCACUAUGUAGGGAAUAGGGUGCCAUUUGGGACGUAGCCAUAUUUACUGGCCUUUGUCAAUUAAGUUCCCCAGUUCUGCACACCCCAGUGUUUUACCUAAAGGAAGAAAGAAGGCUGAAUUGUAUUUGUCUUGGAGACUAAUGCCUCAUAAAGAGUAAAUAUAAUUUGUCAAUCUGAAAUGAGUCAGAGUUAGUGCUGCCUUCCAUUUUCCAAAUAAAGUAUUGUUCAUUGUGAACCUUGCCUGGUUGUCGUUCAUCCUUCCUGAAAUUGCACUGGGGCACAAAAUAACCAACAAUGUCCAUAUCUGACACACACACAGCCACACAGUCACACACACAAGCAGGGAUGGACAGACUUGGAGGUUGGGGGCCCCCAGAAUGCAUGUGAUAGCAAAAGUGUAGAAUUGUAGGAAAUUAGCUUUAAAACUGCAACAUUUGCUUUUAGUCUCACGACAAAAUGUAUAGAAUAGCAUUAUAAAAUUGCUAACUUUUCUUUCUGCACCAUGGCAAAAUAUGUUGAAAUGUAGGAAGUUAGCUGAUUCCCCCCCCUUUCACCAAUUAUUUGGAUCUCAAGCCUGAUACAAUUCGGCUCCACAUGUGACCUCAGUCUGGAAGCACAAAUCACCUUUUGCACAUGUUUGCACAUGACCUGCCAUUACCAUGACAACCACCCCCAAAAUGUUAAGGAACAGUGACAGGAAAUGAGCAUUGCAUCUGAGUGCUACUUCAGAGGCUACAUCAUGAAUGCGCAAAUCUGAUAUGGGUCACAUGUAAAACUGAGUGUUGACAGUCAGAAAAAAAUAUUGGAUAUGGGGGAAAAAACAGAAUUGGGUUCUUCAGGUGGUUGUGUAAACAUAGCCAUGGCGAAUGCAAUAAAUCCGAUUUUUUUAAAUAUAAAUAACGGCUUGCUAAAGUGCUAAAAUUCAGCAUUUCGACAUAUCCCUCCGUCAACCAUGUGUCACUUCUAGGAAGAUUUCAACCCACUUAGUCCCAAAAUGUCUCCUACUUUUUACCAUCAUUGUAAAGACUUAGUUAUUUUGUUGCUUUGACAGGUAAAAUAGAAACUAGAGAACAUCUAAUGUGAUGGACCAUAUGACUGGACAGAUACUAUAGAACAUCUAAUGUGAUGGACCAUAUGACUGGACAGAUACUAGAGAACAUCUAAUGUGAUGGACCAUAUGACUGGACAGAUACUAGAGAACAUCUAAUGUGAUGGACCAUAUGACUGGACAGAUACUAUAGAACAUCUAAUGUGAUGGACCAUAUGACUGGACAGAUACUAGAGAACAUCUAAUGUGAUGGAUCAUAUGACUGGACAGAUACUAUACUGUAGAUCUGUGCAAAAACAUUAUCAGGCAGUGUGGUUUAAUUUCACACUUCUUCAGCAAUGUGCAAAAUAAAAAGGCCACUAUUUAUACAUUGCUCAGCUGAUUAAACUCUAGUUAAAUAAUCACCUUUUUACAAUGCACAUUGUUCAAGAAAAGUGUCAAAUUAAAUUAUACUGCCAGAUUAUAAUGCAUUUUACAGUACUUUUGUACAGAUUAGAACUACAUAAAGAUGUCACCCAGUAAGUCAAUAGGACGAAACCAAAACACAGACACAGGAGGGUUUAAAAAGUAAUUGUUUUUUAAAUUUCAGGUCCCAAACCACAUAGUUACAACAUUAUGGAAUAUAACACCGCAUCUUGCAACAAUAAUUUGGAAUGAUAAACAAGGCUUCUGCUGCAGUCAGAGAAGAGUUUCCCUGGCAUUGAAAUGGUUGAUAUUAUCUUGUCUUGGCUCUGCUUAGGGUUGAAAAAUCCUGGUAACUUUCCCAAAGUUCCCAGGUUUUCCAGUAAUCCAGGUUGGAGGUUUCCGGAAUCAGGAGGGAAUACCUAUGAAAACCUGGGAAUUCUGUGAUAGUUAUUGGAAUUUUGCAACCCUAAUUCUGCUAAACUGUGUUUUCUACCACUCCACAUCCUGAAUAAAAAAAUAAAAGAAUAAGGUAUUCCACAGUUAGUCUUUCAGAAUUCUAUUAUAAAAGUCUAGGGUUGAACAGUUAUAGGAACUAAACAUAAGCAACAACUAUGUCUGUUUGUUUGUACUAUUAAAUAGACAAAUAACUUUUAUAUGAGCAGCUUCUGUUUUAAAACUUUGUAUGGCAAUAUAAUUCAUAUAUAAUUUAAUGUCACCCUGCCAUUUUAAAACAAAAGAUGGCUACUGUAAUAUCCAUCCAAAAGCACAAACAACCUAAACUAAAUGGGUUAAAGUCUCCAUUCCAAAGCAUGUUCCGACUGAGUCAGAGGGGAUUCAAUACCUAAUGGUGGUUAAUAUUUGGCCAGCUGAAUUGCUGGGAAACUGAUAUUUUCCACAAGUCGAUGGCCCCAAAACUUUGCCUUCCUUUUCUUGUUUCAUUGAUUUAAAGGCAACAGUCAGUCAUUUUCUUGGCAAAGUGGUCCACAUCUUACUUAGCCUCUUAUACAAGUUUGUUUGGUUUGGAAAUUGUGUUCAGAAGGUGUCAUUAAAAAUUCACAUUCCUGCACACACACUCCAAGAGGAGACGGGAAGGAUGGAGGAGUGUUUGUGUGUAUGUGUGUAUGUAUGUCUGUCUGUGUGUGUAUGUGUGUAUGAAGAUGGCUGGACAGGCACAGACAAACACACACAAACACACACACACACACACACACGCGCGCACACACAGGAAUUCACUGAACGUUUUUGUAUUUAAUUUACAGUGUCAUUCGACUAGACUUUGGCCGUGUGCGCAACAUGCAACCUCACCGUGGUUUGACAAUCAAGACAGACAGAGGCCCUAAAAAUUGUCAAAGACACCAGCCACCCAAGCCAUCGACUGUUCUCUCUGCUACCGCACUGGUACCGAUGCAUCAAGUCUGGAACCAAAAGGACCCUGAAAAGCUUCUACCCCCAAGCCAUUAGACUGCUAAAUAGUUGACCAAAUACAGUGGCUUGCGAAAGUAUUCACCCCCCUUGGCAUUUUUCCUAUUUUGUUGCCUUACAACCUGGAAUUAAAAUGGAUUUUUGGGGGGUUUGUAUCAUUUCAUUUACACAACAUGCCUACCACUUUGAAGAUGCAAAAUAUUUUUUUGUGUGAAACAAACAAGAAACAAUACAAAAAAACAGAAAACUUGAGCGUGCAUAACUAUUCAUCCCCCCAAAGUCAAUACUUUGUAGAGCCACCUUUUGCAGCAAUUACAGCUGCAAGUCUCUUGGGGUAUGUCUCUAUAAGUUUGGCACAUCUAGCCACUGGGAUUUUUGCCCAUUCUUCAAGGUAAAACUGAUCCAGCUCCUUCAAGUUGGAUGGGUUCUGCUGGUGUACAGCAAUCUUUAAGUCAUACCACAGAUUCUCAUUUGGAUUGAGGUCUGGGCUUUGACUAGGCCAUUCCAAGACAUUUAAAUGUUUCCCCUUAAACCACUCAAGUGUUGCUUUAGCAGUAUGCUUAGGGUCAUUGUCCUGCUGGAAGGUGAACCUCCGUCCCAGUCUCAAAUCUCUGGAAGACUGAAACAGCUUUCCCUCAAGAAUUUCCCUGUAUUUAGCGCCAUCCACCAUUCCUUCAAUUCUGACCAGUUUCCCAGUCCCUGCCGAUGAAAAACAUCCCCACAGCAUGAUGCUGCCACCACCAUGCUUCACUGUGGGGAUGGUGUUCUUGGGGUGAUGAGAGGUGUUGGGUUUGCGCCAGACAUAACGUUUUCCUUGAUGGCCAAAAUGCUCAAUUUUAGUCUCAUCUAACCAGAGUACCUUCUUCCAUAUGUUUGGGGAGUCUCCCACAUGACUUUUGGCGCACACCAAACGUGUUUGCUUAUUUUUAUCUUUAAGCAAUGGCUUUUUUCUGGCCACUCUUCCGUAAAGCCCAGCUCUGUGGAGUGUACGGCUUAAAGUGAUCCUAUGGACAGAUACUCCAAUCUCUGCUGUGGAGCUUUGCAGCUCCUUUAGGGUUAUCUUUGGUCUCUUUGUUGCUUCUCUGAUCAAUGCCCUCCUUGCCUGGUCCGUGAGUUUUGGUGGGUGGCCCUCUCUUGGCAGGUUUGUUGUGGUGCCAUAUUCUUUCCAUUUUUUAAUAAUGGAUUCAAUGGUGCUCCGUGGGAUGUUCAAAGUUUCAGAUAUUUUUUUAUAAGCCAACCCUGAUCUGUACUUCUCCACAACUUCGUCCCAUACCUGUUUGGAGAGCUCCUUGGUCUUCAUGGUUCCACUUGCUUGGUGGUGCCCCUUGCUUAGUGGUGUUUUUAAAAAGAAGUUAUUUUUUUAAUUUCACUUCACUAAUUUGGACUAUUUUGUUUAUGUCCAUUAAAUGAAAUCCAAAUAAAAAUCCAUUUAAAUUACAGGUUGUAAUGCAACAAAAUAGGAAAAAACGCCAAAGGGGAUGAAUACUUUUGCAAGGCACUGUAGGUCUUCAUGCUCUCUUGAGAACUCAAAAUGGAGUCAGACGGCAGUGGUGAGCGCUCUGAGGUUGAGCCAGCCCAGGAUCAAGUGGGCCUACCUGCGGCGACAGCUGUAGUGGAGACUUCCAACAUUUGUCCUGAGAAUUCUACCAGAGAUGAUUUUGGACCGGUAGUUGUGAGAUUUUUGGAAAGAGUGGAUUCCUGCUUUUUGGGCGACCCAUAUGUUGUGUCAAGCUGGGUAAAGGACACACUGGGAAUGGUUGAUUCAGUGAAAGGUUCGAGAAGUGGGAUUGUUUAGAUUCUUUGUGUAUCCGCCUCCCAGAGGAAGCGGGCGCUUCGAGUCACGCAGCUCGGGGUCAACCUGUGGCAUGCGCUGCCCUUCGGAGCAGGGCGACCCUAAAAGGGGUGAUCAGUGGGGUAGCGUUGAGUGUAGAAGUGGCUCAAAUGAAAAGGAAUGUUUCUAAUGUUUGUGACACCCGACGUUUGGUGAAACAUAGACCCGGUGUUAAUGGUGAGACUAAGAAUACCCUGUCUGUCUUGUUGAGCUUUGACACAGAGUUUUUACCUGAUAAGGUCAGGUUAGGUUAUAUUUGCUAUUCUGUGAGGGCCUAUGUUCAAAAUCUGCUUCGAUGUUUUAGGUGUCAACGAUUCAUACAUGUGGCAGCAGUGUGUAGAAGGGAGAUCCCACGAUGUGAGAAAUGUGCAGGAGGGCAUAGUCAGAGGGAGUGUACAGUUGGGAUAGAGAAAGCACUGUGUCAACUGUGGGGGUGCCAUUCAGCUGGGGAUCCGAAGUGCCCUGCGAGAGAGAGACAGGUUGAGAUUGCCAGAGUUCAAGUGGGGCAGAACGUAUCCUAUGUUGAGGCAGUGAAGAGAGUAGAGGAUAGACCAAGGGUGAGUGAGUUGACUGGGAGACUCCCUGUGAGUAGGCCUGAAGAGAGAGUCCAGAGAGGAUGAGUUUCAGUAAGGUUGGAUUUAUAACCAUAGUGAUCAACUGCACUGUAAUGAUGGAGCGGAAGUCACAGCAGAUAGUUGUGGUAGUUGCAGCAGCAGAGAAGUAUUUGGGUGUGAGAGAUAUCAGUGCAGAAGAUCUACAGGAAGUUUUGAGAGAAGGGGUUACAUCAUGUCAGGCCGAUGGCCUGGUGUAGGAUCGUUUAGGGCCAAAGUAGUGGGAUGGGGUGGUGGGUUUUUGGGGGGAUAGGGUAUAGGUGUGGAGUUAGAUGGUGGUGCAAUUUAAGAUUUUCCCAUUCUCCUUUCCCCUGUAUUUUUUAUUUCUUUUUUGUGACCAAAAUGUGUAAUCCACACUCAGACCUGUGAAAGGCAGCAAUACGCAACAGCGUCUAGCCUUCCAGAAUGUUACAUGAAAAAGAAGAAGACAGUCACGGGUAGUGAGAGAGGAUGGAACUAGGUGAAACUGGGCUGACAUUCUGCAAAUUCUCUCAUCAAUAAAACAUCUGAUCUCAAUACAUUUUUCUGUUCCCAAAACUACAAUCUGUUACAAACACAGUGCACCAAGUUUUAUAGACUUGACGCUUUGCCAAAGUUACAGAAAAUUGUGUUGUUUAGGAGUUCAAGGUCGAAUUGAGUUUGUGCACAAGCACACUUCACUGAGGAGGCGUUCCCUCAUGGAAAUAUGCAAAUACAUGCUACAACGUGCCAAUAAGAUCUCGCUAGCUCGUGCUUGGCUUUGCCCACCUCCUUGCUUGUUCUGCCCAGUAUGCUUCAUUUUUCUUCCCACUAUAAACGACACAGAUGAACGGUCGGUGGAGGAAAAAUGGCAGAAGUGGAUCCUGAGUUUGAAUUAAGCAGCGCGCCGAGUAAAUUUGGUGGAGACAAAUGUUCUGAAUGGACUACAGUAUUAUCGAAAACUGGAACAAAAAGGAAAUUGUCUAAAAUUGGAGUGGAGGAUACGUGUGUAAAUGAUAAUGAAUCGCUUCUUGUUGGGAUGCAUUUGUUGAGCAAGGAUGCAUAUGUGGGAAACCCAUUUUAGGUGACAAAUGGUGAAGUAUGUACGCUUGGAAAAGUGGAGUCUGUCAGAGUGACCAGGAGUGGUCUUAUUUUGAUAAAUUGUAUUUCUGAUGAGCAGAGAAAGAUUGCCAUCCCCAAACCACUGAAGUGUAAGAAUUGUAAAGGAUUUGGCCAUGUUUCAAGUGUGUGUAGACGAACAGAGUAUACUGAAGAACGGUGUGUAGAAGGACGACGGUGUUGCAAUUGUGGAGGGGGUCAUGAUCCUGAGUUCCUGGAGUUCCCUGUAAAGGUGAAGGAAAUUGAGGUGGCAAAAGUUGGAGCGGUCAAUCGAAACUCCUAUGCAGAGGCGAUUAAAAUAAUUGAGAAAACAAGGGAUGCUAGUGAAGAUGCUAGUUUCUGUUGUAUUUUUGACUUUUUGUGUACCCCAUAUGUAACUCUGUGUUGUUGUUUUUAUCGCACUGCUUUGCUUUAUCUUGGCCAGGUCGCAGUUGUAAAUGAGAACUUGUUCUCAACUGGCUUACCUGGUUAAAUAAAGGUGAAAUAAAAAAAAAAUAUAUAUGGUAGUGGACACAAUACAGCCUGUAGUAAAUGUUUGCUGCCAGACAAAACAUACCCUGUGUGUUAAAAAGCUGGAUUUUGUUGCGUUCAUUGCCACAGUUAUAAGCUUUACAGCACAAGUCUCAAAGAAGUCGAAGAAACUGUACAUUAUUGUGGCUGUGACAGAAACGUUUUUUUGGGACUCAAGGAUUUUACAUCUGUAGACUUGCAAGGGGUACUGGCGCCGGAAGACCCACCCUCCCGGGUUACCCUUGAGCCUGUUUAGGGAUCAGAUCUGUUUGAUUUAGUUUAUUUAUUUUAACAGAAAAGUUGUUUGAUUUAUUUUAUUUUAUUGAUUUUUGGUCCGUUUUUUGGUAGUUCAAUUUUUUGGGGGAAUCCUGUUUCCAUCCCGUAUAGUAGGUGGUGCAAUGCACAUUAAAUUGUGAUUGCGAAUAUACCAUAUAAGAAGAAGAAGACACAAUUGAACUAUCUUGGUUUAGUUGUGAAUAUCUUUGACUACAAGCAUGCAAGCUCUAUACAAAAAAUAUGCUACGCAGUUGGCUAAGUGAAAGGGAAAGUCUUUAAGGUUCACUUCUUGCUACAAAAUCAUGGGCAAAUUGUCUGUUUUUUUGUUUGUUCUUUCGUUUUACACCAUUGUCAACGCAGGUAAGGGUUUAACUUUCUCUCUAACUAAUUUAAUGAUGAAUUAUGUUAUAAAAUAUAAAAUGUCCAUAAUUGUGUACAGGGUUGGGGAGUAGCCUACGGGCUAUACUGAUAUCACUUAUUAUUGAUAUCUAGGCUACAUGGCACAUUGAUGAUGUGAAUCACACUGCUGCUCUCUAAUUUAUUUGCACCUUAAGGAUAAUAUCAUUCCUCUCCCAGGUUCAGGAUCACAUUCUCUGUGGGCACUUGCAACACACAUCACUGGAGAGACGCCUUUCCCUGAGUUUACAGUUGUGUUAAUGUUGGAUGACGUUCAAGUGGGUUACCAUGACUCCAACAUUAAACAGUCUGUCUACAGGGGACAACAUAUCACAGACAAAACCAAGGAUGAUGAAGCUCAGGAUAUAGCUUUUAUAUUUGAAGAUAUAUACCAGGGGAUGAAAGACAGAUCAUUUUAA